AGCAUUGUGAAUGUAAACGGCCCGAAGUCAGUCCACCAAGCUUGGGGAGUCCGGGGAAAGAGAAAAACAGAGGACCUAAGCAUUUCAGUAACCCAGAGAAAAAUGGAAGUGGAGGGUUCAUCGAAGAAGAUGAUAGCGACCCAGGCAGAGAUGGUGGAGAACAAGGUACCCAUUACAUACAGGGACCAAUGCGCCCACCUUCUCAUCCCACUCAACAAGUGCCGCCAAGCCGAGUUUUACCUUCCCUGGAAAUGCGAGAUCGAACGCCACGCCUACGAGAAGUGCGAGUACGAGCUCGUCAUGGAGAGGAUGCUGCAGAUGCAGAAGAUCCGUGAAGAAGAGGCCAAGUUGAAGCAGGCUGGGAAACAAGGCGGCUCUAUUCCUCUCAUUCCCAAAACUGCAAAUGCUUAAGCUACCUCCAUGGAAGGUUUAAACUGCUUUGGUGGAUGUUUGAUGUUUGUCACCGUUAAUUUGAGGGAAAAUUUGAAACUGUUUGUCGUGGACUAAUGUAAAGGAUACAAUUUCUUUUCUGAUCUUUAUCAGCUCUACAAUCUUGUUUAUGGGAAUAAAGUUGCUUAUCAAAGUUGACAUGAUUUUUUCACA